AGUUAUUUAAUAUUAUUUUGAUCCGAUUUUCAUUUUGAUUUUUACUUGAGGUAUAUUUGGCCUAUAAUUGAGAAGAAUGAAGAAUCCUUUUGCAGCUUCAAUUGCGCUGGUGGCUUUGCUAAACCAGUGCGUGACGUGGUCACAAGAAACCGUGUUCAGCCCGGAUUUGCAGGUCCACAUUAUCGGGGCGGAUGACAGUGGGAAUCCAACUGUUAGGGAAUGGGUGCCCGGAGGAGUGGGCCAGAAUAGGAAUUUAAGCAACACUCUUACACCGGUCGGGGCGAAAUUGGAUUAUCCCAACUACCAUACGGACUCUAUACUCCCAGCUGGUAACUUAUCCUCUGGAAGAAGGUCUUCAAGAAUAGGGGGUGCACCUGCAAUCCUUGAACUUGUGAUUGUCGUAGAUAAGGAAUUUGGCGACCUGUUUUCCCAUAACUAUUACCAAAUCGUGGAUUACCUUACGGUGUACUUUUGGGAUAUCAACAUCCGCUUUAAGUCACUCACCAGUGUGGAUUUAUCUUUACGUGUGAACGGCCUCCUCAUUAUGGAGUCCGCCAAAGCACAACCGUUCAUAGAAAAUGCCCGCGCAUCUGACGGUAGGACAGACAACGGUAGAAUUCUAGGCCUUUACAAGAAUUGGAUCUACGAGCAGCGGGGUUGGCUCGUGAGGCAUGACGUGGCUCCACUGAUGACUGGAUCUAAAUUGGAAUCUGGUGGUGGUGGUUUGGCACAUGCCCGUGGAGCCUGCUGGCUAGAUAAUGAUUUGAGGUUUGACUACGGAACUUGUGUCUGGGGAGAGGGCGCGGAUUGGCAUAGCAUCACGGUCGGCGCGCAUGAGAUAGCACACACGGUUGGAGCACCACAUGAUGACGAUCCCAAUGCGAGAUGCCUUCCACCCUAUGGUUUCAUCAUGAGUGGAGGAAACGAUAAGUACCGAUAUUUCUUUUCGGCCUGUAGUGACAAAGAGAUAUCGGGUUUCGUAAACUCCGACUCUGCCGCCUGCCUUAGACGGAUUGAUGGCCACUCAACCACACCCAUGCACCCCAACUUUUCCUCCCCUAAAGCUCCCUCGAUGUUGGAGCAGUGCAAGAAAAGACUCAACAAUCCCAAUGCUUGGAUUGACGAUGUGGACACAUAUGAUUGUAAACAGAUGAGGUGUAAACGGCGCGAUGAUUCCGGACCGAAUAUUUGGACGUAUUUUUUUGGCGUGCUGGAAAACUCGAUUUGUGCUCAAGGGACGGGACGAUGUUUCCGUGGAAGGUGUCGCUUGUUAGGAAAACUUAUCCGGAAUGAGGGGGAUGGGACGUGUAUCGGGACGACGGAUAUGGUUGGACACAUGAUUCCAGCACAUAUGAUCAAUUGCCCAAGCUCAAAGGAUAUAACACCGCUUAAUUCCAUUGAAAUUCUGGCUGGUCCAGGCGAUCAGAGAUUGGCAACCCCGUACACGGAAGAGGGCAAUACGGAGAGCGGAGAUCGAUGCAUGUACACAGGUUACAGGGAUGGGGACGCAAUGUGGACUGAUCGUUGUAGUGACAAUACGUGGCAAGGGUGGGAAUUUAGGGGGGUUGGAGGAGCUAAUUUCCUUCUGGUGCACAAGGUAACGGGGCGAUGUGCAGUUCCGGAUGGUGGGGUGGGUUCCUGGAUUAAAACAUAUGCUUGUAAUUCCGGAAAUCCGAGAAUGCUAUGGAGUUUGAGGGAGUAAAUCAAGUUUAUCUGUCAUUUACGAUUUAAUCGUGCGUCAAGAUAGUUAAUAAAGUUAAUAUUUACUGUAAUCACAUCAA